AAGCUUUGGCUUGCCGAAGCUGGCUUCCUUUCUUGUUCAACCAUAAAAAUUAACAAUUCCCUUAUUUAACGUAUAUUAUUUAGUCGCAAGAUGGAAGUAGAUGAUUUAUAGGCAGUGCUACUAUUUUGACCCCAGCUAUACACACCAUAUUUGCACAGGGCUUUCUCUCGCCUGAUUAUAUCCCUCGUAUAUCUGUAUAUAUACUUGUCGGCUCCUGAGAGCGACGCCUUGGGUUGGGGACUCCUCUCCGGGAACUGCGCAUGUGCCUCUGGCACAGCUGAUGCUUCUCCUUUCUCCGAGAUGCGCGCGCAGCUUCAUCCGGCGGAAAACGUUUUCUUGGGACGUGUGUGUUUGCCAUUUGCUCUAAAAAACCAUCGGAAAAUUAUAAAUACACGCGCCGCAGAAAGUCUGCGCUCUUCUCUGCCUGCGAGCACUUUUCGGCAGAGAAUUUUCAAAAUUUGGGAAGCCGAAACAGAUUGAAAUCUUCGUUUGUUGGCUGUGUGUCGCCGCCACUGCUGCCAUAUAAACUAUAUAUCGUUGUCGUCGCCUCGUCUUCGUCUUCGUCGUGUAACGGUACGGAGACCCCCUCGCCCGCAGACUAUAUCCCCCUGGUCCACCGAUCCGCAGAUCCGAUCUCUAUAUCGAUCGUCUCCUUUCGCGCAUUUUGUUUAUCGAUAUGUGUGUGCUGUGUGUGCGUUUCUGUGUUUUUGAUUAUUUUUUGUAUUUGGCUCAGGAACACCAAAUUACCGAGUUGAACAAUAUUUAGAGGUACACACUGGGCGUAUGUGCAAUGCCGAAACGCAUUUCAGGCCGAGAGGAAGGUAGAAAAAGGAACGCAGUCCCAAAACAAUUGCUGGGCACCGUGACAUAAUCAGCCGAAAAACAAAAAACAAAAACCAAAAAACCAACCCAAAACUUAGAACAUUUAAGUGUUUUAAAAAUAAAACAUUAGCAGCGGCAAGAAGAAAAUUGUCGAAAACGAAAAACAUCAAACAAAACACAAAGAGUGUUAAAAAAGUGCGCGAUAUUCAAUUCGUCGGUCUGAAUUUGUUUAAACAAAGCGCGAUGCAAGACACCAGAGCCAAACUGUUUUAUUGACCCCCCGCAAACGGUGGCGAGUAAAUAAUUCGGAAUAUUAUAAACCAUAUAAACUGGGAUGGGAGUCGAGCAGCUGUGAGGCGUCCAAAACGCUGAUAGUGAACUUUGCACUUUUCCAUCAAGUUUGCAAUUAGCGAGGCGAAAGAUACUUAUAAUAGAAAAGCGGAUGGAUAGAGGAGGCCAGUGCAACAUUCACUCAUCCAAAUACACAGAAAAUAUUAAUUGGCAGUUAUUUAAUUACACAAGUUUAUGGAACUCUGUUUGCUGCAGAGGUUUCUUUAUGUCAAGCAAAUUUUAUGAAAGUAGAUGCUAGAUUGAAUACCUUAGUCUUACAAAAAAAAAAAUAUCAUUUUGGCACUGUUCAAUGUUUGCUUAAAUGGUUAUAAUAUUUUCUCUGUGUACGCGGAGGUGAAGGAGAAGAAGACAACGCAGCGGCCAAGCAAAUCAAAACAAAAACUCAAAACUAACAAAUGGAGCACACACGUGUGUGUCCGUUAGUGUGAGUACCCCACAUAGAUACAAACUAUAGUGAUAUAUGUAUGUGCGCCACGGAUCGGCGGGGAUUAUUCAUCGGGCUGCCACAUCAUCAUCAUGUUGAUCUGCGCCGCUGCCCUCCAUCCUCCUCCUCCAUCCGCCAUCCGCCAUCCGCCAUCCUCCAUCGUCCGCUUUUCUGUUUAGCUGGCGUUUUGUAUAAUUUUCGAAAGCUAUUUUCGUAAGGCUUGCAUUUAUAUUUAGUUGCCACAACAAACUUGUAGCGAAAAUCCAAGACACAAACUUGUGUAUGGUACAAUUUUGGCCAUAUGAUGCGAACCAAAAUAAAAGUCAACUGGGGUGGAAAAGUUUUCCCCUAAGUUUUUCCCAUCACACACUCGCAUGUGUGCGCCCAUGUGAAUGUGCUUCGGUACAGUGAAAGCUAAGCCAGAGAUCAGCAGAUCCAGAUCAGCGGAGAUCGGAAAACUAAUGGAAAACCGAAGUGAAUUCAAAAUGCAAUCAAGUCGAGUGCGAUAAUCAGAGAUGCGUAAUCUAAAUUAAAGCUGUGACCGCAGAAGCUGACUGAGGAAUCACUGUACUGGCACCACUGGCGUCACACGAACCGAGUACUGAGCAUUAGGUAUAGCGCCCGGCUGCGCCAAUUUACGUGCGUCGUCGUCUAUUUGUUAAAAAUAAAAACAGAUUUCGAACGGAACACAGAAUCGCAGGGGGAAAAGACGCCCGAUGAACCCCACCGAGAUAUCACACAUCGGCCAAAACGAUCUCUCCAGGGAUCCGUCCGCAUAUUCAUAUUCACAUCGCCAUAUAUCUGGGGCAAGGUGCAGGUUUUUUUGGCUAGAGUCUCGAAGGGGCGAAGGGGCUUUCUCGGUGAGGCGGCGCCGCGAUCAGUGAGCUCAUUGCUGCGAUUUGUAAUUCGUAUGUGCGCCAUACACCAAAACAAAUUGGGGGUGGCUAUGGGCUUGUACCCCCGCAGAGGAAAAGUCUUUGGUCGAAUGACGACCAUUGCUGCAAUUAGUAAGUCAAGUCGCCGGCCAUUUGCCAAAAUGCCAAUGAGACAUUGACAUUGAGCGUGCGAUCGAUCGAUCGAUUGUUCCCAUCCGAUCCGAUCUGAUCCGAUCUAAUCCGAACAUAGCUAAUACGACCAGAUCCGAUUUGGCGCAGGUUUCCUCUGCGGCCAGCGCUGGCAGCCUCGCGAGUCUCGCCCAGCCAUUCGAACGCAUCGCAAUUCGAGGAGUCGCCAGUGCGAUAUUAGAUAACCGAGUACUUUUCAUUUCCCCUUGGGAUCCAGAAAGAAACCUGACCGCGAACCGGAGGGACCGCCCACCGCCCAUCCACCACCAUCCAACGGAAUGUCCAACGAACUCAGCGAACUGAUAGCCCUCGGCUGUCCGGACCUCACGGCCCAGAAGCCGCAGGGCGCCAGCACCCAGGUGGAGUUGAUCCUCAACACGGAGCGCCGCCUGAGCAUCAAGCAGAUGACGGCCACGGACCUUGCCUCCCUGCGGGCAGCGGCCGCCGCCGAGGCGGAGUCCCGCUCGCGGCAGCAGGCGGAAGCGGAAGCCAGGGCCAUUGCCCAGGAGCAGCUGCGACAGGCGCGCGAGGCCGAGUCCAAGGCCAGAGCACGCGCUGCCCUCGAGGUGCAGGCCCAGUUGCAGCGAGUGAUGGAGAGCGAGAAGCGGAGGCAAAAGGAGGAGGAGCAUAAGCACAGCAAGGAGCAGGAAAAUGAGGUUGAAGACGAAGAAGAAGAGGUUCAGGAGGAAGAGGAAGAGCACCCGACGAAGGGUUCUUUGCCCUCGAAUGCAGGACCCAGGGAGAGGAUCACCUCGCUGCCCAGCAACAUGGACGAUGCCAUGGAGAUGCACCUGCUGAGUGUUUCGCAGCCGAAGGCCUCGUCCAAGGACGACUCCCCGCCGCAGAAGAGCACCUCCCACCUGGCCGACUCCAUCGAGCUGCUGCGAAUGCAGCGGGCUGCUCGGGACGCCCGUUCCCACAAUCGCACCCGCGAGCGUUCCGUUUCGCCGGAGCGCAAUCACGAACGGAGCGCCGCUCCCGAUCGCCUCCAGAGCUCCGCGAGCAUGAGCAGCUUGGACUCGGCCAGGAUCAGUGCCUCGGCCUCGGCCUCUCGACAGCCCAGCAAGGCGGCGAGUCGCAGGGGGAGCACCUCCAGUGCCUCCGGGGUGGAGCCACCAGCUGCGGCAGCACCAGCUCCACAGGCAACCAAGUUUCCUCUUACCAAAACCGUAUCAGCCCCGAAUGUCAUGAACCGACGGCGGAGCAGCCUCACCUCGCUCUUCCCCGGACCUUCGCCAUUGGUGGCUCCUGAACCCUCGCUGCACACCAAUCCCGAUCCAAAGGUUGUGCAAGAGCAAGAGGAGGACCGUCGUCGCGGGCGAAUGGAGGAUGGCUACCGCGAGAUCCCCAGCGGAAAGAUGGUGCACCGAACCAAGACACCGCCGCCAGUGGGCACCAAUCUGGGAGUCAGCCUGAAGCGGGUGACGGCGCCCAGCGGAUCCAUAACCAUCAAGCCCAAGGAGUCGCCCAUGCUCGGAGUGGUGCUCCGAAGGGUGGAGAAGAAGGUGGUGCCGCAGAAGAGCAUUCUAGACGACGACAAGCCACUCUACAGCUUCUCGAUCGUGCGGAGCGACCACAAGGAGCACGUGCCCGAGAAGAAGCCAAAGCCAAAGCCCGCUCCGCCAGCUGUGAAGCCAAGUCCCGGCGGCAUCCUCACCGGUCCGCAGGUGAUCCGCACCGCUCCCAAGCAACCCGUGCCCGUGAAGCCACAACGCCCCAUGCCCGGAGUGCCCAUCACCAUCACCAAGAUCGAGGGCGACAAGAUCAUCAUCAUCAAGAAGAUCGUGGUGCCGAAGAACAGUAAGAUACCGGAGCAGUAUCUGCAGAUGAGUGAAGAUGCCGGCAAGCCAGCAAUUGCAGUGCCACCAUCGGUUUCCUCCGCCAACGUUCAGUCGCCGAACCUAAGAACCAAAGAGGAAUCCCAGCCAGCCAUGCAGAAACCCACUCCGCCGCCAGUGUCCACUGGACAGCAGUUCUUCCAGGUGGUCUCACCGCAGUUUGCCUCCGUGCUAUCGUCCAGCAUUCCGGACAGCAAGUGCGCCGUGCGGUCGCCCAUCUCCUCGCCGUUGGCCAUCCGGAAGAGUCGUCCACCUCAUCUGCCGGCGAGUCCUAAGUCAACACCUCCGCUGCCACGGAAACACCAUCCGCUGGCCUACAAUGCGGCCACGGGAACGAUCAGCAGUCCCUCUGCAACGGCGCUGCACUCUCGUCUGAUGGCCACCAUUGCCUCGAGUCCGGCCUCGAGUAUAUCGCUGUCCUCGUCGAGCUCACCUUCGUCCUCGCCACCUCCGCCGGUGCCAUGUCGGGCUCCAAAGAACGGGAGCAAGCCGAUAGCUGCUGCCAUUCCCUCUCCUCCGUCAAACGAAAUCAGCCUGGACAAGUUGCUGCAGCAGCAGCAGGAGCUGGAGGAGAAGUCGGCGGCGGCCACGAACAGCGCCAAGCUGGACGCGAACUUCUACGAUGCGGAGAUCGAGAUGAUGAACAAGUAUCUGAAGAGCCUGCCCGACUACAGCGAGCUGGACCGGAAGCUGCACCAGGAGUUCCAGGAGUGCGAGGAUCUUUACGACAGGAUCAAGCGGCAGCAGCAGCCGCUGGCCAAGUCCAACUCGCAGCAGUCCGUGGCGAAGGCUGCACCGGGAGUGCCUUCGGUCUCCUCGGGUCUGUCCAAGUCCUCCUCCAUCAACUUUGCCCAGAACCCCAGCAGAGGAGGAGUUGCCCCGCGAAUGGCCUAUCCCUCGAUAUUCUCACAGACUGCGGGGGAACCCAAGCUGCAGCGCAGUAUUUCCAGUUCCAACAUGCCGCUGAGUACGCCGACUCCAAUGCGUCCGCUGCCCGCCAAAAACGGACUGCAGAGUGGCUCCAAUCUGUCGCUCAACAAGCAGCUGAUGAACGAAUUCUGGAGCGAGAAUCUGUCCAGCUCGCAGAAGCGGCAGACGCCGAAGCGAACCUUCUGGAACUACGAGAAGAUAUGCGGAGCUCAGCUGGGAGACGCUGGCCAGCCCUUCAAAGUGGAUGCCAAGACGGCCAAGAAGCUGGCCAUCUUCGAUCCCACGGUGGCUGAGGCGGCUCAGAAGGAGCUGCAGCGACCGCAGCAGUCGCAGGUUGCACAGCACCAUCCCCACAAGCUGCAGAAGAACGCCUCGCUCUCCCACCUGGAUCUCAAGGUGCGCCAGGCGGUGACCAAGGAUGAUCUCUACAAGCUGAUCUGCAACGAGCAGUCUCCGUCGGCGGGGUCGGGAUUCGUGAGCAGAGUGCCGGUGAAGCAGCAGCCGCAAGUGCAACAGCCACAGGUGCUGCCGAAGAGCGUUUCCAUGACGCACGUCCCUGGUGAAGUUGGUCCACCCGGGGGUAAUCCCUUGCUGAGGACCUCCAGUCGGACGCACAUCCCCUGCUACAUGAAGAACCUGCCUGCGUUGAGCAGGAGCACCUCCAACUCGGCGAUAUUGAUGACUCAACCCCGCAAGGAACCUCCACCGAAGGAGCCACUCAAACCAGCACCUUCUGCUUUGGCUGCCGCUCCAUCGGCUGUCCAAAAACCCAGUGGAGUGCUGAAGAGCUCCAGCAGUUCCUGUGUGCCCUCGCCCCGCUGUGCCGCUGCCUUCUUCCGGCGGCCGCAGGAGGGCAGCAAUCCGCAGCAGCAGCAUCAGCAGCCGCUGCAAAAACCGCAGCACGUGGCCCCCAUCGAGGAGUCCGGGCCAGGAGACUCCGCGUCGCUGGAACGGAAAUCGGAGAAGAGCAACAGCACGAUCAGCACGAGCAGCUUCACGGUGACCAACUGUUGCACCACCCACCUGCCGCAGCUCUCCAAGUUCACCUCCUCGUUCCACAUCGCCCCUGCCACGGCCACAACCACAGCGACCACGGCAACAGCAACCUCAUCAUCAGCAGCAGCAACACCAAGCGACCAGCAGCAGCAACAGCAACAAAGUGGGGCGUCGGCUGCCAACUUGGAGGUGCCAACAUCGUCAUCGUCGUCGGCGGUCACAAAGCGCCAGAAAGAUGUUGACAACAAGCUAGAGAAAUGUCUGAACGACAUGCUAAAGUUGAAGAGCAGCAACAACAGCAGCAACAACAGUAACAGCAACAGCAACAGCAAUAGCACAAGUACCAGCAAUAGCAAUAAUAAUGCAAUCAUGUCGCAGUCGCUGACAAGUGAGCACAAAGAGCCGAAGAGCGCAGUCGAAGGCCCCACGACGAGCGGCGUCAGCAGCAGCAGCAGCAGCAAGUACGUGGGCGAUUCCCAGAUCCCCGUGCCAGUGCAGCUCUACGAUCCGCAGAAGCCGCUGCAGCAACAGAGGAUCUGCUAUCCCAUCGGAAAGUCGAACUCUACCUCUCAGCUGCCCAUGGGUGGCUACCAGCGAUUGCUGCAGCAACAGCAGCAGCAACAUCAGCACCAGCAACAGCAACAGCAACAGCAGGAUCACCAGCAGUAUCCGCAGCACAAGAGACCCUUCUUGAAUUGGAACAGCUUCGCCUGCUCCGCCAUGAAUGGAGCCAGCGACCCCUUCAUGCAGCAGCAACACUUGCCUCACACCCAGCAGCAACAGCAGCAUCAUCUGCCCCACAAGCUGCAGCAGUCGUACUCCUCGUCGCACGUGCCCAAGCAGGCGCCCAAGUCGGGACUGGCCAUGUUCCUGCAGAAGAACACCAACAAGGAAAACAAGUUCGGCCAGCCGCCGCAGCAGCAGCCGCCCGGGAUGAUGCCCCAGAUGUACGGCUACCAGGCGCCCCAGCAGCAGCCAUCCAAGAUGGGCUAUCCGCGCAUCGGCGGCCCGCUGACGCACUCGGCCUCCUUCAGCUCCGCCCAGAGGCCUACGGCCCUGCAGUUCCACCAGCAACAUCAGCAACAACAUCAGCAACAACAUCAGCAACAACAUCAGCAACAACAGCAGCAACACCCCCAGCAGCAUUCCAGCUUUGGAAUGGGCAUGAUGAGUCGGAACUACUACAAUGUGCCCAAGCAGCCGGAGCGCAAGCCGCUGCAGACCUUCGAUCCGUAUGCCUAUCCCAAGCCCAAUCAGAUGCAGCCGGUCAAGUACCAGCAGCAGCAGCAACAUCAACAACAUCAACAUCAACAACCGCAUCCGCAUACGCAGUUUCUGAACGCUUCCGCUGGAGGUGGAGGCGGAGGCGGCGGUGCGGCCGGGCUUCAAUACGAUCCAAAUACAAAUACGCAAUUGUUUUACGCGUCGCCGGCGUCGUCGUCAUCGAACAUGCAACCGCAGCAACCGCAACAGCAACAGCAGCAGCAGCAGCAGCUACAACAAAGCAACUCUGUCAUAUUCAAUCACUCAAGCCAGCAACACCAACCACUACAACAACAGCAGCAGCAGAAUGAGAUGUCCAAGUCCGCGUUGGGACUGCAUUUCAUCGAGACAGCAAAGCCCGUCAUUCAAGAUGAUGCUGAUGGUCACUUAAUUUACCACACCGGAGACAUUCUCCAUCACAGAUAUAAGAUCAUGGCCACACUGGGCGAGGGAACUUUCGGACGUGUGGUCAAGGUCAAAGACAUGGAGCGUGAUUAUUGCAUGGCCUUAAAGAUUAUUAAGAACGUGGAAAAGUACCGCGAAGCUGCCAAGCUGGAGAUUAAUGCCUUGGAAAAGAUUGCACAGAAGGAUCCGCAUUGCGAUCACCUGUGCGUGAAAAUGAUUGACUGGUUUGAUUAUCAUGGACACAUGUGUAUAGUUUUUGAAAUGUUGGGGCUUAGUGUUUUCGAUUUUUUGCGUGAGAACAACUAUGAGCCAUACCCGUUGGACCAAGUGCGCCACAUGGCCUAUCAAUUAUGCUACUCUGUGAAAUUUCUUCAUGACAAUCGUUUAACGCACACAGAUCUCAAGCCAGAGAACAUACUUUUUGUGGACUCGGAUUACACUUCUCACUAUAAUCAUAAGAUUAAUCGCGAGGUGCGCCGCGUCAAGAACACGGACGUUCGCCUGAUCGACUUCGGGUCGGCCACCUUCGACCACGAGCACCACAGCACAAUUGUCUCGACGCGACACUACCGCGCGCCCGAGGUCAUACUGGAGCUGGGGUGGUCGCAGCCCUGCGACGUCUGGUCCAUUGGCUGCAUCUUGUUCGAACUGUAUCUGGGCAUCACGCUCUUCCAAACGCACGACAACCGCGAGCACCUGGCCAUGAUGGAGCGGAUCUUGGGACAAAUACCAUAUCGCAUGGCACGCAACCAUACUCUUUAUAGCAAAACCAAAACAAAGUACUUCUACCACGGUAAGUUGGAUUGGGACGAGAAGUCCAGUGCGGGUCGCUACGUGCGCGACCACUGCAAGCCGUUGUUCCUGUGCCAGCUGAGCGACAGCGAGGACCACUGCGAGCUAUUCAGCCUGAUCAAGAAGAUGCUGGAGUACGAGCCCUCGUCGCGCAUCACGUUAGGUGAAGCCCUGCGCCACCCUUUUUUCGACAGGCUGCCCCCGCACCACCGAGUGGGUGAGGCGAGCAACAAGCAGCCACUCUCGUCGGGCAGCAGCAGCCGCGAGCGAUCGCACAGCCUCUCCAGAUGAGAAUUACAGCGAUUUGGUUAUUGUUGACAGACGGCGCUGCCCAAGCACCCACUCAUGCACGCAUACACUCAGAGCAGUCGUCCAGCAACGUCUUGCACCGGCCUCGCAGAGUAGACCAGCCACUCUGCGGCAGAACCCUACUUUAAGAGCUAAAGUCUUUUACUACAAUUUUGAACUUGACUUGUAUAGAUGUUAUUAUACAAAAAUCCAUCGAUCCCCUUUGAUCCAUUGUUUCCCCACAAUUCGUGCACCUGUUGCUGUGCAUCAUUUGGAGCUGUGUAGCGCUCGCCGCGCCUUGUGUAUUGUACCAUACCCGCCAACAGUGAUUGUUCUGUAAUGAUAACCAAAUCGUGUAUAAUAUUGAUAGUGCGGUGCGUCCUCCCGACACUUGAACCUUGAACCUAAUUGUAAAUGUCCUAAAUCGUGCGCCCCAAAGGAAGUGAAGGAGACAACCGAUCGACCGACUGCAAAACCGACUAAUGGAGUAACAAGUGUAGUGUAAAAUAAGGAAAGAAAAGAAAGUCGCUUACACGCUAGUUGAAAUGCAUCCCCAUAUGUUCACUGUCAUGCAUUGGGACCCCCGACUAAUUUGUAAUUAAUACGCCAUUUCGAGAGCGUGAACUGUAAGCUAAUGCAAGCCAUUAUGUACACCGCCCCCGAAUGUACGAAUGUACGGAUAAUUGUAAAUGUAAAGAGCAAUUGUUAUGCCGCCCUGUGUGCACUACGGCGAUCGCAGCGCAUUUGUGUAAAUUCAGCAGUAGCAGCCCGGAGUCAUCUCUCUUAGAAUACGUUUUCAAGUGUGUGCAACUCGCCGCCGGUCUGUUUUGUUCGUUUUCGUUCUACCAUCGAAUAUCGAAUAUCGAAGGAUCAACCCAUUCACACACACAUUGCUACGCACGCAUACACACAUGCACAUCGUACGAGCCCUAGAGUAUAUUUUAAUAUAUACCAUACAUACUUAAUUCAAAUGAUUGUGAGUUAGUUUAAUAUUACAUAAAUAUUAAUUAUAAAUUACAUUAUUUGCAAUUUAACCCGAUCAACCAGCAUAUAAGAUAAAAAAUGUCAAGUUAUUAAAAAUUGAAAUAAAUCUUAAAUAAAAAAGAA